AUGACAGGUGUUGUAGGCGCCAUCCCCACCUCGAAGGCGUUCGCAGCCUCCUUUGGUGUUAUUAUGUCUUCCGUAGAGGCCUUUCUGCGACGCUCCUCCGCGGCAACCAACCUGCACGAAUUAAUCGAGAAGCACAAGAGCUACUCGCCCUUCCACUCCACCACGGCCGUGGACGUCAACGCCAACGGCAAGCCCGUGAAGGAGGGCCAGCGCCUGGUCAAAGGCAAGACCAUGAGGGAUGCGGUGACCGUGGAGUUCACUCAGGCCGAUCUUGGCGAGGGAGCGGCCCGAGCAGUCCUGGUGCAUGACAAUGUCUGCCUUGGCACGGAGUUCGGGCACCAGGUCUGCACCGAUCUCGACAUCAUGGCCGCAGUGAAGAUGGACGACGAGCUCUUCGAUGCCAUGCCCUAUGAUGGUAUGCUUGGGCUCAGCAUGGCAGGCCUUUCCUCCGGAACGGGCUGCGUGUUCUUCAACCGGCUGAUGGAGACCAACCCAUCGAUGCUUCCGCAAUUCGGUCUGUCCUUUGGCGCCCAGUCGGGUGAGAUCUAUUUCGGUGGCCAUGACUCCUCUCGACUGGCGGAGGAGCUGAAGUGGUUCCCAGUGCUCCACCCGGAUGAUGGAUUCUGGGAGGUGGCAAUCCAGAGCGUCCGCCUGGGAAAUGUCACUGUGGACUCCUGCAAAGAUGGAUGCCGGGGCAUCAUCGACACGGGCUCCUCAAGGCUCGGUGUGCAGGAGAACAACUUCCAGGCCCUCCAGGCUGCUCUCUCCCACGCUCAGCCCCUGGUGGGCGGCGGCUGCCAAGGGCCAGAGCUGGAGUUCGACCUGGGAGACAUGAAGCUGAAGCUGCGUGUGGAAGACUAUGUCACGGGCUCCGACUGCGCGCCGCAACUGGGCUCGCUGGAGUUGGAUCCCAAGGAGCUGGGCGUAGGGUUUAGGGUUUAG